AUGAAUGGGCCAGUCGAGGCAGCCAACAAGAAUAUCAAGAGGAUUCUACGAAAGAUAGUGGACAAUCAUAGGCAAUGGCACGAGAAACUAUCUUUCACCUUACUAGGUUAUCGUACCACCAUGAGAACAUCUACUGGGGCAACGCUGUACAUGUUGGUAUACGACACUGAAGCUGUAUUACCCAUAGGGGUUGAAAUACCAUCUUUAAGGGUCAUUCAAGAGGAAAAAUUGGACAACGCGGAGUGGAUACAGAUCAGAGAGGAGCAACUCAUGUUCAUCGACGAGAAGAGAAUGGAUGUAGUAUGUCAUGGUCAGCUAUAUCAGAACAGGAUGGCCAGUGCAUUUAACAAGAGAGUGAAGCCUCACCAGUUCACACCGAGGCAGUUGGUCUAG